AUGGCGACCACGGUGCUGAAAGUCGGAAUUCUCGGCCUCACCCCGGCCACAGAGCCCAUCUAUGUGGGCAUUCUUUCGUCCCUUAGUCAACACUACGCACUCACCAUCGUCCAUGCCGACACCAAAGAGCUUGCUCUAUCUAUCCAACAGGGGUCUUCUUCUCCGCGCGUCACCGCCAUUCCAGAAGAAGUCAUUCAAAACUCCGAGGUCAACCUCAUCAUCAAUCUCUUCCCCUUCCGUCAACAUGAGCCCUACACCAUUGCCGCUCUCCAAGCCGGCAAACAUGUCAUGGUCAAAACUCCUCUUAGCCUGAGCCCGAGCACUUUGAGUCAGAUACGAGCGGCCCUCGGUGACGACCACAAGUCAUCAGACACCUCGUCUCAUUCAGCGCUCAGCUCAGACUGCUCGCGUCCUCAGUUCUUCAUUAGUUGUGCACGUCGCUAUGCGCCCUGCUUCACUGAAGUCUUCAAGAGGGAGCUUGCGAGCCUGGAAAUAAUACACUAUGUUCGAUGCCGGAACAUAACCGGGUUUGCGUCCACUCCAGACGUAAGCAAUAUCAACCCACGCUCCCUCGGAGCUACUACCACUACCAAACCCGAAGCAAGCGAUGAGGGUACCAUCAAUCAUGCGACCGACACCAUCGACAUCAAUAUCCCAUCCAGACCAAAACCCUCAUCUUCAUCCUCAUCCUCAAUCCCACUUUCCCAUCGCCACCUUCCCAAACAUAUGCACGCUGUGCUCGCCGACAUCUUUGGGCCCAAGGUCGAAGCUACCGCAGACCGUGAAGCCCUCUGCCACUUCAUCGGCACGUCCGGGAGCCAUGAUUUCUCUCUGAUCCAGGAAUCGUUCGGGUUUCCCGACGCAGUCUCUCACGUCUCUAUUAUCAAGCCCUUCUACAACGCCAUGUUCCAUUACAAAGACGGGUCAGUGUCAUCUUCCCGUGGAGCGAGCCAGCCGUUUACUCUGUUCUAUGAAGCGGGGGUAGACGGCGUGCCGAGAUCAGAUGCCCAUUUGACGGUCUAUGGGCUGAACAAGACUAUCUCGUUCAGUUAUCAACUGAGUCAUCCAAGCGAGAUGAACAGGUCUUCUAUCGUGGCCAGGGUCGUGGUGGAGACCGUCGAUCAUGGCACAGACGCAGACGGCGACACCGACGUGAACAUGGGGAACGGGAUAUCAGACGCCAACGGCAACAGGCCAGUCCCUGAACAACUCCGUCUGAAGCGCACCGAAUACGUCAAUACCGCCAACGAAGUCUACGAACAGGAGUUCCUAGCCAUGCACGCGCAACUCACGGGCGCUGCGACUUCUGAUCUGAAAGACCUCAAGGUCCGGCCCAAAACCAGUCUCAAUGAUGCGACAGAUGAUCUCAAGAUAAUGCAUAUGAUAUUUGACCACUACGAUCGCCAGUGUGGUACGAUUCGAACGCCUUUGGGCUGA